CCUCUUCUCUUUCUCUCAUCUUUUGUCUUCUGUCAUAACAGCUCUCCAAAGCAAUUCUUGGUGUUGUAAAAGAGAAAAAAAAAAAAAAAAAAAGUUCAAAAAAACAAAGGGAUUCAUUCCCAUUGCCCUCAAUCCAAGCUGCUCACUCUUUCCCUUUUCUCUCCCUCCCUGACUGAUUUCAUUUCAUACUCCUUAUUAACUGGCGCAUCGAUUUCUCAGUUUGCUUUUGUCCGAAACAGAUUGGAAUUGCAAAGAACAUCAUCAUCGGUUGGUGACGGAGUAAUGGGAUCAAAAUUGGAAAUCGCCGUUCAAAUGAGAAAAAUCCUGAUCAUAUCAAUCAGAACGUGUUAUAGAUCAGUUUCCGGUCAUCCAUUCCUUGUGGGUAUGCUCUGUUUCUUGUUAUUUCUGUGUAAAUCUUUUCCUUUCGCAUUUUCCCUUUUGGUCUCUGCAUCCCCUGUUUUGUUCUGCACUGCUCUUCUCCUUGGGACCCUUCUGAGUUAUGGGCAACCCAACAUGAUACCCGAAAUUGAAAAAGAUGAUCAGUUUGGUCAUGCCCAUCAUGUUGCGUCUCUUAAGGCUGGGGUUUCUGGGGAUGCCACUGUUGUUGUUGAUGAGAGAGAUGAGAGCUUUGUUAUAGAAAGACACGCAGGAAAGGGAAGGGAUAUAGUAGAGGAGGCUGUUGAUGGUUCUAGUUCUGCGGAAGAUAAAGUCGGUAAGGUCGAGGUGGAUGAUGGGUUGGCUGAUUAUGUGCCACCGAUUGAUCGUAGUUCCCGGGAAAUUCAGUUAGAGAAGCGAGCAAUAGAGGAAUCUGAGGAAGAGUUUCACGGUUUUGAAUUGGAAAAGAAGGAAAUUAAUCAGGAGAACUUGGGGAUUGAAGGUGUGUCAGAUGAUUGGGAACAUCUUGAGAACCAAUAUGGGUUGAUUCACAAAGUGGGAGAUGAGAGUCUUAAAGUGGAAGGUCUUGUUAAGCCCCCGGGAGAGUUGGUUGAUGCUCAUAAGGAGGAUCACUUGGAUUUGUCUCCUUAUGUUGAUAAUGAUGAUGAUGAUGGUGAUGAUGGGUCUUUGGAUUCAGGGUCUGAUCUGGCGGAGAGUUCCUCGCCAGAUGCUUCAAUGGCUGACAUCAUUCCAAUGCUUGAUGAGCUCCACCCACUUUUGGAUUCGGAAGCUCCACAGCCUGCACAGUUUCCUAAAAGUAAUGAUGGCAGUGUUGACUCGGGUGAAGAAUCGGAAAUUCAGGGAGAAGUAGAAGAUGUUGUUGAUGAAAAUGAAGAUGAUGAGGAGGAAGAAGAAGCACAGGGAGGCAAGGAGGAUGAAAGUAAAUCGGCAAUCAAGUGGACAGAGGAUGACCAAAAGAACCUCAUGGAUCUAGGUACUUCGGAGCUGGAGAGGAACCAACGCCUGGAGAAUCUCAUUGCAAGGAGGAGAGCACGGAAAAACAUGAGAUUGAUUACUGAAAAGAAUUUAAUAGAUUUAGAUGGUGCUGACCUUCCCUUUAACGUUCCACCCAUUUUGACAGCAAGACGCAAUCCUUUCGAUCUCCCUUGCGAUUCCUAUGAACCACCUGGUUCCGCACCAUCUAUAUUGCUGCCUAGACGAAACCCUUUUGAUCUUCCUUAUGACCCAAAUGAGGAAAAACCUGAUCUCAAGGGAGACAGUUUCCAGCAAGAGUUUUUGACAUCCCACCAGAAAGAUACAUUUUUCCGUAGGCAUGAAAGUUUCAGUUUGGGUCCGACGGGCCUAGGGGGUCAUAGGCAAGAGAUGCAUGAUAUUAAAUUCAGACCCUUUUUUGUGCCAGAGCGGUUUGCUUCAGAGGGAACAAGCUAUUCCUCAUUCGAGAGACAGUCAAGUGAAGUUAGUGAAUCGAAGUUGAGUUCUGUUCCUGAUACUGAAUCAGUGAGUUCUGCUGCUGAUCAAGACGACAAGAAGCUCAAUGAACAAGAUUUUUGCCAAGAAACAGGAUUGAUCUCCAACAUAGACCAUGCUUCUGAUCGUGUUCAACAUGGAAGCCGAUUUUCUGAAGAUAUUGAUUCUUUGCAGAUGGAACCAGUUGAGAGGAGAGAUGUUCGCCAUGAUGAGUUUGAGAUAACAUUGGGGAACGUUGGAAAUCAUUCUGGAAGGGAUUCCAACUUGUCUGAAACAGGAGGAGCAGCUACUCAGGAAAUUAAUACAAGCGAAAUUCAUAUCGAAACACAACCAGUUGAAGAGGAGUACAGCAGUAGAUCAAGUUUGUCAUCAUUGUCAGAAAUAGAUGAGAAAAUAUCUUGUGCGAGAAAAGAAGAAUCAAUGAGUUUGAAUAUAGAAGAAUCUGGCAGUUCAAUGCAACGUUCUCUUGAGGAGCCAGAUUUCCACUUUCUGAGUGGAGAGGCGGAUGAAAAUCCCCAUGAGCCUGUUUAUGAUUCAAGCCCCCCUGCAGGUGAAAAGAUCCUCCGUUUUUCCUCCAUUUCUUCUGAUUUGCAAGCAGAGAUAUCUGAAAUGGGUUCACCUUCAGUUUCAAUUGAAACUGUUCACAUUGCAGAUAAGGAAUCUGAAUUGCACAGUGAGAGCAUAGGGAAGGAUUCCUCUAAUGAUGAAGAAAUGCAUGCAGCAUCCUCACUAGCACAUCCAGAAGAUGAAAAGGAACCAAGGUCGACGGAAGUACAAGAGUCAGGUAAGGAUGAUGUUACUCAGGUAAAGUCUUCAGGAGUUAACCACAGUGAUCAAAAUGAAUGUGUGACGCCUGAAUCUGUGGUUGAGCAUGUUUCAGUUGAUUCAAGGUCAUCUUCUCCUGAUACUGGAUCAAUAGAGGAGGGUAUGGCAUAUAAGAAAGAAAGUUUGUCUCAUGAACAGGAUCAAGUCAGCUCUUUGAGUAUUGAUCCUGGGAAUCUGUUUGGGGUUCAUCAGGAUGUGCAUGAGAAGUUAGAUUCCAUUUCUUCUAGUUAUCAGACAGCUUCUGAAAAUUUAUAUUGGUCUAGAAAUGAGGAAGAACACCCGCAUCCUUCAAUGGUGGUUGAGCAUGUGUCAGUGAUAUCUUCGGAAACUGAACCCAUUGAGCUGCAUGCUAUAGUUGGGGAAGAAAAUUUUCAGCUUGAGCAGGAUCAAGUUUAUUCAUCAAGUUCAUCAUACUCUGGAUCUGUAGGUGAAGGCUUGAUGCAUAAGCAUGUAAUUCAGCCUGAACAGGACCAAGUCCAGUCAUCAAGUUCUGAUGAUGCAGAGAUCCAUGAAGGGGGCCACCGAGAUGCAGAUGAGAAGUUGGAUUUGGUGGUUUCUUCUCCCCAACAUAUUCCUUCCAGUGAUUUAUCUCUGUCUGCCUCAGAGGAAGAACAGCCUCCUUUGGUGACUGAGCAAGUUAUACGGGUUCUUCCCGGUCAUUCUACUUCAGAAACUGAACUUGUGGAGGUCUAUUCGUUGAAUAAGGAGGAGAUUGUUCAGUUCAAACAGGAUAAACUCCACUCAUUGGGUUCUGAUGCAAAGAUCAACUCUGGUCUCCACCAAGAUUUGGAUGUGAAGGUGGUUUCCUUCAAUGACCAUGAUGAGUGCAGGGAAUCUUGUAGCACCCUGGCAGAGCCUACAGACGUGAGAAUCACCAAACAUGGGUAUGUGCCAGAAGUCCUUGAUCCCAAGUGUAAAAUUCUGCCAAAUCUGCCUUCCUUGGCUUCUGAUUCCACCCAAGCUGAGAUUCCAGAAUGUAAAUCACCCACCGGUGGAGUGGAUUUGCAAGCUUAUAUCCCUGGAGGAAUUGUAAAUGAGGACCACGUUGAGGUCUUUGAAGAUGUAAGCUAUUCAACAGAAGCUUAUGGUUCUCUUGUUGCCAAACAAAAUAUCAAUGAAGAGGCAGAGGAAAUAAAAGAGAUUGACGAAGGAUUGUUGUCGGAAUUGGAUGCAGUUGGGGACUUUAGUGUGAAAGAAGUUGUUGGUGGAGCAGAGGAAAUUAACGUUGGGAGUAGUGGAUUUGAGUUUCUGCAUAAAGAUUCAAAAUCAACAAAGAAUGAGCCAGACCUCCCAGUUCUUGAUGCAAGAUCACUUGAAGACAUUGACUUGGCUUUUAAGCAACUUCAUGAAGGAGUGGAUGUUGAGGAAGUCAUCCUUCCCAGUAUGGGUGAUGAUUGGCUAGUUGUGGGUGAAUCCAAUUCAAACAUUAAAGCAGUUGAUGCAAAAUCUCUGGAAGAUAUGGAUAUUGCUCUCAAGCAAGUCUCAGAAGUUAAUCUUCAUGAGCUUCCAGAACCAUUGGAUUCAAAGGAUCAAUCAUCAUCCGUAGAGCCAUGUGAAGUGGGUUCUGCCAACAAGAUUGAACCAAGUGAUGCAGGAUCUGUUGUUCAAGAAAGUAGGACUGUUUUUGUUGAUAAACCAGAACAUGGAUCUGAUCAAACAUCUGAGAGUAUCAGUUUAAACUUAUCUAAUACAUUGAAUACAAAAGGUAAGGAGGAAAAAUCUGCUUCCAGUUCAAGCUGAAGCUCGAGCUCGAGCUUGAACGACUCUGAUUGAAAAUGAAGAUUUAAGAAGAGAAAUACAAAGAAAGAGUUUUAUGAUUCUUCCUCGUGGUUUCUUUCUGCGAAAAAUGGGCUUUUGAUUUUGAAGCUUGGUACCAUCCUGUUUCGAUCAAUGUUAGUUGCGUUAUAUAAUCUUUUUCUAUUUGCAUUGCUUUCUUCAAGAAUUGAGUUUUGUUUGAAUUCUUGAAGUGUGGAGGUUUUUGGUUCUAUUCUACCUUUUGAAUGCGAGUAUUAUUAUGUAUGAGGGGCUUAUUGGGAGAAGAUUAUUUUAAGCGGUGUAUACAGUAAAUUUUAUUUUUUGGAUGUAGAAUUGUUGAUGUGAUUGAUGGUUUUUGGUUGUUAAA